AUCACUCAACAUCCACUACACCUUCUUGUCUUCUCUUUUUUUCAUUUCAUUUGUUCUCAUCAAGAGAGAGAGAGAGAUGGGUUCUUCUUCUUUUCCAACACCAUUACCUUCUCCCGGAGUUUAUUUCCUCUUAGCACUAUGUAUAACUUUGCAUUUAGCGUCAGUUGUAGCUGCGGACAACAACACUAUUGCAACAGGAGGAAAAACAAGGCACUACACGUUUAAUAUUCAAAUGCAAAAGGUGACACGACUAUGCCAUACGAGGAGUAUCGUGACAGUGAACGGACAAUUUCCAGGACCUCGGAUCUUCGCCAGGGAAGGAGACAGGGUAGUUGUUAAGGUGGUUAACCAUGUCCAGAACAAUAUCACCAUCCAUUGGCAUGGAAUCAGACAACUAAGGAGUGGAUGGUAUGAUGGACCUGCAUAUGUAGCCCAAUGCCCUAUACAAACCGGACAGAGUUAUGUCUACAAUUUCACCAUAACAGGGCAAAGAGGAACUCUAUGGUGGCAUGCUCAUAUUUCUUGGCUCAGAUCUACCCUUUACGGACCAAUCAUCAUCCUCCCUAAGCGAAAUGUACCUUACCCAUUCGUUAAACCGUACAAGGAAGUUCCUGUCAUUCUGGGAGAGUGGUUUAAUGUAGACACUGAAGCAAUCAUCAGCCAAGCUCUUCAAACUGGAGGAGGCCCAAAUGUUUCUGAUGCUUAUACUAUCAACGGACUUCCAGGGCCCUUGUACAAUUGCUCCGCCAAAGAUACAUUCAAUCUGAAGGUGAAGCCCGGGAAAACAUACCUUCUCCGUUUAAUCAAUGCUGCACUUAAUGACGAGCUCUUCUUCAGCAUUGCGAAUCACACACUUACGGUAGUCGAUGCUGAUGCUGUUUACAUUAAGCCUUUUGAAACCGACACCAUUCUUCUCACACCUGGACAAACCAGCAAUGUUCUUCUCAAAACCAAACAUUUCCAUCCUCAUGCUUCAUUUGUUAUGGCUGCAAGACCUUAUGUUACUGGCCAAGGCACUUUCGACAACUCCACCACCACAGGAAUCCUCGAAUACGAAUCUCCCUCUUUGUUCAAUUUUAGGACAAAGAAAUCAAAGACCAAACUCUUUAAACCUACUCUUCCCCCUCUAAAUGACACUUCCCGUGCCUUCAGUUUCGCGAAGAGGUUCCGCAGCUUAGCAUCAGAGCAAUACCCCGCGAACGUCCCCAAAAAUAUUGACAAACACUUCUUUUUCACUGUGGGUCUCGGAACAAACCCAUGCCCACAAAACCAUACAUGUCAAGGACCAAAUGGAUCCAUGUUUUCAGCUUCAGUGAAUAAUGUCUCAUUUGCUCUUCCAACCACAGCAUUACUUCAGGCUCAUUUUACAGGGCAGUCAAACGGUGUUUACAGCCCCUUCUUUCCGAGUUACCCAAUCCAUCCAUUUAGCUACACCGGAAAUCCACCAAACAACACAAAUGUGAUCAGUAACACAACUCAUUUGGUGGUACUUCCAUUCAACACCAACGUGGAGUUAAUCCUGCAGGACACUAGUAUUCUGGGUGCAGAAAGUCACCCACUCCAUCUCCAUGGGUAUAACUUCUUUGUCGUGGGGCAAGGAUUUGGAAACUAUGAUGCGGUUAACGACCCUGCUAAAUUUAAUCUCAUUGACCCAGUUGAGAGGAACACUGUUGGAGUUCCAUCUGGUGGUUGGGUUGCUAUUCGCUUCCGCGCUGACAAUCCAGGUGUAUGGUUCAUGCAUUGCCAUUUGGAAAUUCACACAAGUUGGGGUUUGAAGAUGGCAUGGCUAGUCUUGGAUGGAAAACUCCCUAAUCAGAAGCUUAUACCUCCACCGGCAGAUCUACCCAAAUGCUGACCUUACUUCUUUGGCUGAUUGUUUGGUUUUUGUGUUCCUGGCUUUUGUUUUGUUUUGUUUUUCCUAUGUGAUUUGAUUAUUCCCGGCCUCAAUUUGGAAAACAGAGAGAAUUUGAGUUCAUCUCAUUUAAGGUUUUUGUAAUAUUUUUUGAGGGAAUACUUACCUGUUUAAUAAUAAUUAUUAUCAAUGAAUAAAUUUUUUGAGUUCAACAAA